CCCGCCCUCCCAAGCUGGGCACCCUUUCUGUACAGCUGGGAGUGCACGUCGGGAGUCUCACCAUGUCGGCCGAGAGGGACGCAGCCGAGGCGGCCACUGCAGCGGCGGCGGCCGAGGCCGGGACCGGGGCCGGGGAGGAUGCGUCUUCGCAGCCCCCGACAGCCGAGGUGGCGAGCGACCCGCAGCCGCCCCCGGCCCCCGAAGCGUCGGCCAUCGCCUCGGCCCCGCCGCUGCGCUGCUUGGUACUCACCGGUUUCGGUGGCUACGACAAGGUGAAGCUGCAGAGCCGGCCGGCGGCGACCCCGGCCCCGGGUCCCGGUCAGCUGACGCUGCGCGUGCGAGCCUGUGGGCUCAACUUCUCCGACCUCUUUGCCCGCCAGGGGCUGCACGACCGGCUGCCGCCGCUGCCGGUCACCCCCGGCAUAGAGGGCGCGGGCGUGGUGGUGGCCGUGGGCGAGGGUGUCAGCGACCGUAAGGCAGGGGACCGGGUGAUGGUUUUGAGCCGGUCAGGGAUGUGGCAGGAGGAGGUGACCGUGCCAUCAGCCCAGACUUUCCUGAUGCCUGAGGCCAUGACCUUUGAGGAAGCUGCUGCUUUUCUGGUCAAUUAUAUCACCGCCUACAUGGUUCUCUUUGACUUCGGCAACCUAAGGCCUGGCCACAGCGUCUUGGUACACAUGGCUGCAGGUGGUGUGGGCAUGGCAGCCCUGCAGUUGUGCCGCACCGUGGAGAACGUGACAGUGUUUGGAACAGCCUCGGCCAGCAAGCACGAGGUGCUGAAGGAGAACGGGGUCACCCAUGCCAUCGACUACCACACAACUGACUAUGUGGAUGAGAUCAAGAAGAUCUCCCCCAAAGGAGUAGACAUAGUCAUGGACCCCCUGGGUGGAUCCGACACUGCCAAGGGCUACCACCUCCUCAAACCCAUGGGCAAAGUUGUCACUUACGGAAUGGCCAACCUGCUGACUGGCCCCAAGCGGAACCUGAUGGCCAUGGCCCGCACUUGGUGGAAUCAGUUCAGCGUAACAGCUCAGCAGUUGCUGCAGGCCAACCGAGCCGUGUGUGGCUUCUACCUGGGCUCCCUGGAGGGUGAGGUGGAACUGGUGAGCAGAGUGGUUACCCAUCUCCUGGCUCUGUACAAUCAGGGCCGCAUUAAACCUCGAAUUGACUCAGUCUGGCCCUUCGAGAAGGUGGCUGAUGCCAUGAAGCAGAUGCAGGAGAAGAAGAAUGUGGGCAAGGUCCUCCUGGUCCCCGGACCCGAGAAGGAGACCUAGGGCGAGGAGCUCAGGGCCCUUGAGAGCCAGGAAGGGUGAAGAUGGGAAGCCCUGUUGCAUUGCCCACCAGCCUCUCACAUUUCAUCCUCUGUCAUGAUGCUCUGCCCUCCCUCCUGCCCUCCCUCCAAAGGUCUCUGCUGAGGACCACUUCCCUGCUCUGAGCUUGCUCUUUGCUCAGGGCUGUCCCUCCCCCUUCCUGCCCUCAGAAGAGGUUGGGAAGUGACCACUUGGAUGUCUGGGCCCUGCCAAAGGGACAGGGAGGGUCAUGAGGAGGCUGGCUGCUUCCUGCCCCCCACCCUCUCCCUGGGCCUGCCACGCUGCUUUUGUGCCAAGGUUAGCCAGUCCCUCCCUGUCCUGUGUGCUUCCACCUCUGCCUCAUCUCCCCUCCUGCCCCACCACCUCCCCAAAGAAUCCAAAGGUCAGCUCAGGAUGUGGGGCUAAAUCUGUGUGAGUCCAGCAUGCACCCGUGUCACCCCCCCCCCCCCGUAGUGUCCCUGCAACCCUACAAGUCCCCGCCCCUGGACUUGAUCAGUACCCAGCCUUGUCUCCUGCCCCCAGUUUCUUAAGCACAAUUGGAUUUCUUCCAUCUCCAGUUUGCUGCCUUUAACUAAGGCUGCCUCCUCCAUCCAGCAAGGUCAGGAAUCAGACCAACUCCGUAGCUCAUGGCUCUGGGAGGGGACCGGGUACCCCUCCCCUUCACUGAGGUCUCUGGAUUUGUCUCAGUGCCUUAGCAUUGGAAAACAUGUGCUUGUGUGUGUGGAGAGGGGCGGCCCUGUCUCCGGCUCCUUUUCCAUUCUCUUCUCCCCGGUGCCUUCCCUGUGCUGGUGGAGCUGAGGCCUACUCCUCCCCAGCCCUACAACACUGCCAAAAAUCUGUGUCUGUGCCAGGGGUGGGAGGGGCAGCUCCAGACUCUGGGGAUCAAGCUGCUUUUACUGUGGUCUGUGCCCUGUCCUGUCUGUCGGUGGUGGGGAAGAAAGAGGCAGGAGGCUGGACCAGCAGAGUUCUGGGAAGAUACUCCUGGAUCUUAUGCUGGGUCCCUUGCUGUCAGGGGAGCCAGCUGCCUUCCUAGAGCCUAAGCAGCAUCCCUGAGGCUCAGCCCCAAACUCUGUUUACACUGGUGGGGGAGGAAGAGCCUGGGCAGGGGAGCUAGUGGGGUAGGAGCCAAAGUGGGGACCUUUGAGGCUGGGUUGGGGUAACUGCUUCUGAGUUCUGACUAGGGAAAGCUGUUACUCCAGCCAUGGGAGGGAGGAGGAGGGGCCCAGCCACCCUGUGGUCUAAAUGAGGCCUCCAUGAAGGAAGUGCGAUGUUUGCUUUUGUGUCCCCCCCACCCCAUUACCACAGCUGCCUUUGUGUUUGUGUCAAUAAAAAGCCAAA